AUGCCGGGUGAAUCACGCAGCCGGGACCGCCACGGCGGGCGCGAGCGCGAGCGAGACCGGGCACGCGAGCGCGAACGAGAGCGCCGACGAGAACGUGAUCGCGAGCGCGAAUAUAUCCGCGGCCACUACGAUGAAGACAACGAAGGCGCGGCGUCUAGCCCUGGCCAGGCACGUGGCAAAUACAGAUUCCGCGGGGAAGAGGGCUACGAGUCUUACGAUAAUGGCGAGCGGGGUGGGAGUGACUAUGAUGAGCGGCGAAGACGGGAGAGACGGGAGAGGAGACGGCAGCGUGAGCGUGAGGAGGAGAGGGGGUAUAGUGAUGCUAAUGCUGUGGAGGGACGGCGGAGGGAGAGGGAGAGAUCUAAAGCGAAAGAGUCACCUGCUACAUCACCGAUUAAAAAGCGGGAUCGCGAACGAGAUCGGGAUGGAUAUCGUCGGCGCCGGGAUAUUGAGGACCAGGGGAGUCCGGCGAAGGAUGUAAGGGAGAGACGGCAUAAGACACGUGGAGAGGAAAGCGAGAAGGAACGGGAGAGAUCGCGGGAUGUUGUUGAGUCUGAAGCUCGACGGCAACGACGGAAAGCUCGUGAAAGGGAGGAGCGGCGCGAUCGUGAAUGGGAGCGAGAAGCUGCUGCUGCGGCGGCUGUUGCUAGUAAGCAUCGGAGUACGGAGUCGACGAGCAGUGCGUCUCAUUUGCUUAGUGCCGAUGCAAUGGCGCGAUUAGCGUCUGAGCAUGAGGAUGGUGAUCGGCGCGAAAGAUCUCGAGAUGAGGAUGAGGCGAGACGUGAGCGGCGACGACAAAGGAAAAAGGCCGCAUUGGCUGGUGCAGGAGUUGCUGCUGCGGGUGCUCUUGCUGCAGAUGUGGCCGAGGGGAGAUCAAGGCAUAAGUCUGGAGCUCGUGUUGUCUCCGGCGCAUACCUGGAAGAAGGGAGGAGUCCUGAAAUGAAGAUGCGUCGCCGUGGAGGAGGUGGGCCUGCGAUGGAGGAUGAUUGGAAACAUGAAGAUAGCUGGGAAGGCAGUCAUGACAGCGGCGAUCAACAGCCAAAGUGGAAGUUUUGGGCCUCUUGGUCGAAAAAGAAGCGGCUGGUCGUUGGAGGUAUAGUUGGUGUGCUGUUGCUGCUGGCUAUUAUCAUCCCCGUCGCUGUGCUGGAGGCGAAUAAGAACAGUGGUUCGGACUCUUCGAGCAGCUCGUCCAGUUCAGGUUCAUCUAACUCGAAUCUCGAUGGGAUCAGCCGAGAUAGCAUUCCGUCUUAUGCCCAAGGUACGGUCCUUGAUCCAUUUACUUGGUACGAGACCGAAGGGUUCAAUGUCACUUUCACCAAUGAGACUGUUGGCGGCUUGUACAUCAUGGGCCUCAACUCAACAUGGGAUGACUCUGCCAGGGCAAACGCGAAUGUCCCACCUUUGAACCAAAAAUUCCCAUAUGGUUCACAACCAAUCCGCGGUGUUAACCUCGGUGGAUGGCUCUCCAUCGAACCCUUCAUCACACCAUCUCUAUUCGCGGGGUACUCCUCCAGUGUCAUCGACGAAUGGACGCUCACAACGCAGCUGGGCUCCGCUGCAGCAACAACGAUUGAGAAGCACUAUGCAACUUUCCUCUCCGAAUCAGACUUUGCCGAGAUCAAAGACGCUGGAAUCGACCAUGUCCGCAUCCCAUAUUCUUACUGGGCCGUGACAACCUACGACGGCGACCCCUAUGUUGCCAAAAUAUCCUGGCGCUACCUUUUGCGCGCGAUCGAGUAUUGUCGCAAAUAUGGAAUUCGCGUGAAGCUGGAUCUUCACGGUCUUCCUGGCAGUCAGAAUGGAUGGAAUCACAGUGGCCACCAAGGGAAAGUCGACUGGAUAGAGGGGACAAAUGGUGCCUUGAACCGAAAGCGAUCGCUGGAAGUUCACGACCAACUGUCCCAGUUUUUUGCACAGGAUCGUUACAAGAAUAUUGUGACAAUCUAUGGCCUGGCCAAUGAACCUCUCAUGCUCUCGCUUCCUGUCGAGAAGGUUCUAAAUUGGACUCAAGAAGCGGCGGAGCUUGUUCGCAAAAAUGGAGUUGAAGCGGCGAUAGUCCUCCAUGACGGAUUCCUUAACCUCGACAAGUGGGAUAACAUGUUCAAGGAUCAUCCUGACAACAUGUACCUCGACACCCAUCAAUACACCACCUUUAACACCGGCGAAAUCGUCCUCAACCACACCGCCAAGAUCCAAAUCAUCUGCAACAGCUGGUACUCUAUGAUCAAGAAUAUCAACAGCACCAGCACUGGAUGGGGUCCCACAAUCUGCGGCGAAUGGUCCCAAGCCGACACCGACUGCGCCCAAUACCUCAACAACGUCGGCCGCGGUACCCGCUGGGAAGGAUCCUACGACACCAGUUCAUCAACCGCAUACUGUCCCACCGCCGACGCAGGGACAUGUAGCUGCAAUAAUGCCAACGCCGACGUUGCCGAUUACUCGGACGAGUACAAAAAGUGGCUUCAAACUUACGCCGAAGCUCAGAUGUCUGCUUUCGAGACCGCGCAGGGUUGGUUCUACUGGACGUGGCGGACAGAGUCUGCGGCGCAGUGGAGUUAUCGUACGGCGUGGAAGAAUGGGUUUAUGCCGAAGAAGGCUUAUUCGCCUUCUUUUAAGUGUGGAGAUACUGUGCCUGAUUUCGGGACUUUGGGUUUGCCGGAGUAUUAUUGA